ACUUAGUCUAAGUUUCUUGGGGUUUCUUAUUAUAUAAGAUAGAUCCUACCUCUAUGGCUUUCACCCAUCCUACUGUGGAAACCCAGGCUGUAAAUUUUUUAUAACCCAAACUCCAGUGUCCCCCUCUCUGUGCUCUAAUUUCCACUACUUGCUCUCAGCUCUCCCACCCUGGGCUUCUCUGCCUGGAUAGCCGGUUUUGGAAACACUCUGCCUGUUCAACUUCUGAACCCUCCCUUGGACACACAUUAGGUAUUACAACUUCCUCAGCUUCAGGCACUGUGACUGUUGAAAGGAGAUUGGAAGAGAUGUCUCUCCAUGUGAGCCUUGAAGCUGAGUUAGGGCAGAGAGAAGUUGAUGAGGCAUAUGUUGUCUAAGAGGCUGGAGGUGGGCUAUGGGGCUAUGGUGCAUGGGUCAUGGUACCCAGUUAGGAAUGGGUGGAACCCAGGGAAGACAGAAAGUGGUUUGAGAUGGAGCAUCCUGUGGGGGAGAAGGGGAACAGGAGGACAGGAGCGUGGACAGUGUGGAACACUCAGGUUGCUUCUCUGGAGUGGAGGGGCACAGCACCAGGCUUUAGAUGUUCCUCCUGGUGGAACAGCAGAUUUUCAGGAUGUGCACCAUGAAACAUGCCCAAGGUAGCAGAGGUGAGCCCUAGAGGCAGGUGAACAGAGACCCUCCACCUCCUUCGCCCAGAGUGUAGCUUCACUGGAGAGCAAGCUUUGAGUAUCUGAAGGCAGGGGCUGUGAUUAUUCAUCCUGUGUUCCCAGAGCUUGGUGCUGAGUCUGGUGUUUCAUAGGCUCUUUGGACUCUCAAGUGAAUAAAAGAACAGAGGGAAGGAAGGAAGAAGGAUGGGUCAACAGUACAACUUGAUAAUGAGCUGGAAACUCCAGAUGAGUAUUGAUCAGCUCCUUUCCAGGGUCAGGUAAUUGGGGCUCAUCAAUCCUCUGCACUAGUGAUUUUCAUGGGCAGGGGAUGGGGGGUCACCAGUCAUAAGAAAACUCCCUCUUCUGGUCUCCUCUGACUCUGCUGGGUUAGAGAAACUAAGCCAGAGUUCAACAAAAUCUCAGUCCAGAUAGACGAGACAGAAGAAAUCAGAUUCAAGAAGAGGACCUUAUUUAAAGGAAAGUUGUUCUGUUGUCUGAGACUUUUUGUCCUGCCCACAUCUAGUCUCUGAAGUAAAUGCAUCUUGUUCACUGGCUCAUUAGAUUUCAAGCGCAAGUCUUGGUCUGUAAAGUGUGCAAACUUAGAUUUCUCUUAAUGGGUGCACAUUUUUUAGUAGGAUGAAGCCAGGGGAGCCCAGUGACCUCCACAGGCUCUUCAGAAUCUUGGGCGUUACCAGAUACACAGGGCCCUUGAGCUUGUUAGACAAAGGCUGAUACAAAACAAGUGCAUCAAGACAGAAUUUAAAAACAGCAGAUUAACUAAUAGUAACCCAAAGACCAAUGCGUCUGUAACCACAUUUUUGUUUAUUUUUUAGUGUGUUUCCUUCAUGGUCUUUCUUGUGGCUCACCCUAUGCAGUUUGUGUACUUGUUGAGAGCUUUUUUUUUUUUAAUCUGUCUCUGACAUUGUUUCUGCUGAACUCAGUUUUUCCGAGACCCUCUCUCCUCAUAGGCUCAGUUUUGGCCUGCCAGCCACAGUCCUCCAGUUUCCGUGGUAGAAGAGGCCUAGGCUGCUUCCUGUGGGCCCCCCGCUGGGCAGAAGCAUGCAGUGGUAUCUCCUCCUGAUUUGGGCACAGGGGCUGAGGCAGGCUCCCCUCCCCACCUCAGGAGCCGUGUCAGGCAGGAUAGUAACAAUGGGGAACGUUUCUGCAGAGGAAGGUGGCUCUGUCACCUUGCAAUGUCGCCUCUCCUCUACCACUGCCAAAGUGACACAGGUCAACUGGGAGCAGCAGGACCAACUUCUGGCCGUUCAUCAUGCUAACCUGGGGUGGUACCUCUGCCCAGCCUUCAGGGAGCGAGUGGUCCCUGGCCCCAACCUGGGCCUCACCCUGCAGUCGCUGACCAGGAAUGAUACAGGGGAAUACUUUUGUACCUAUCACACCUACCCCGAUGGGAUAUACAGAGGGACACUCUUUCUGGAGGUCCUACAAAGCUCAGUGGCUGAGCGCAGCGCUGGGUUCCAGAUCCCACUGCUUGGAGCCAUGGCCAUAGUGCUGGCAGUCAUCUGCAUGGCAGUCAUCGUGGUGGUCACAUUGACCAGAAAGUUUGUUUGUUUUCAGAAGAAAUCUCUCAGAGCCCAUUCUUCGGAAAGUGGCCUCAGGAGAAUGCCUCGUGAACAGGAGGGAUGGAGUGCCGGCGUUCUGUCAUCUGCUGGAAGCUGCAUCCAGGCAGAGGCUGUGCCCGUGGUCUUCUGCACAGAGCGGAGGGGAGAUGACUGUGCCGAGCCACAUGAAUACUUCAACGUCCUGAGUUACAGGAGCCUUGGAAGCUUCAGCUUCCCAGCAGAGACCAGUUAGCUCCCAGAGGCAUCGUCUGGGAGAUACACUCCUGUCUCUGCUAUUACAGGUGGAUGAUGUACAAGGGUCUGCAGUCUCCAUUAUUGUAAUUGCGUGUGUGGGUGUGUAUGUUCAGUUGAGUGAAUGAAUGUCAUUCUCUUCUCUACAUCUCCUCUGCCUUUCCCUUCCCUGGUGGCAGACCCAGAGUGAACAGCUUGUGUCUUGAUUAUGAAUGCAAAGUUAAAAAAAAAAAUAACUUGACCUGGUUUGAGCGGAUCUUAUGGCUCUGAGAAAUGCAUUCCCAACAGGAGCACUGGGCAGGGCUUUGGGCUGUAGUUUUGUGAUGGAUGAUGAUGAUGAUAUGAUCAUCUCAUUUGUCAUGGUCAUUUUCAUCAACAUUCACAUAUUCAAGGCAUUUUAUGAACAAAGCAUGACAUGGGCAUUGGCUUCCAUGGGGCGAUUUGGGCAUGACUAACCCACCCUCUCAGGUCUCAGCCUUUAUAAACCUUAAAGUUAAAUGGGGUGAUGACAUUUGCAUUAAAGGUAGUAAGAAGACAGGGAGACAAGACAUGCGUCUUUGGGAAGAGAUGUGGUACAGGCUGAGGUGGUCAGGAUAGGCUUUGUCUGGGGCAAAGUCCUGGGAGGAUGGAAGGAACAGUGAGGCUUAUGUGGUCAGAGCAGGAAUUUUGUCCAGGGAGGUCAGAGAAACCGAACAGAACUACUGAAAUUCCCACAUGGAAGAUCCUGGCACCAAGGGAGCCAACAGGGCUUCAGAUUUUACUCCCUGAGAAGCUAAUUCAAGUCUCCUUUUGCUGGGUGUGCUUGGAGUCCAGGGAUGGGCUGCAGCAGGGGACCCCAGGUCUUCCAGCUGCCUGCUGGGGGGGCUGCAGCUUAGCCCCUGGGCAGGAUCCACCUUUUCUCUGUCAACCCACCACGGAGCCUGUGAGGAAAGAAUCUGUGUCCACCAAAAGGACAACCUGGAUUUUUAAAACAGGGACUCUUCCUAGGGGGGAGAAAAAAGAGUGAUUGAGGGUUUAAAAAUGAACACCCUCCCACUAGCUGCUCUGAACCCUUAAAUUCACCCUCUGACCUCUUUGUGCUGGGCUUUGGGUGGCAUCUAAGUGCGAGUUUCUGUUUAGCUGACAAUCAGGACUUUAUCCUGCCAUCACCUCUCUUAUAGGAUUGAGGAGGAAUGCUGGGCACGGAGGUGACAGAUUUUCUUUCAUGGGCACAGGAAAUGAGAGAGGAUGUGAAGCAAGGCUGUCAUUUGCCAACAGCUGAAGUGAAGUAUUGCUCUGCUCCCUAAGUAGGCAGGCUGAGCAAGAAGAAAAUUCAACUCCUACUCCUUGGAUUUGUAUUUUUAUUUUUCUCGCUUCUCUACCAAAUAGGUAUGUACUUAGGAGCAAUGAGCCCAAAUCUGUCCGGAGUGCUGAGUCCUUUGGAAGACAGACAGAUGCAUGUCAAAUGCUGUUCUGGGCCAUGGCAGCCCAGCACAUUCUUCUUGCCGAACUAGUGCAAACGGCUUGGGAGUAGAAUACCAUUCACGAAUUGGAAAUGAACUAAAACGUACUGACAAAAGGGAGCUACAGUUUGCUUUGGAGGAGACAUAUAUUGAGGUCAAGGCUGGACUGAGUGUUGGGUGUUAUUUAACAUGAUUAUAGUGACAGGGAAAUAUCUACAAAUACCAUUUGGAUGGAGAUAAAAAUACAAAAGAACCCAUAGAUGCUAUAAAUGGGCCAGGUUGCUAAAAUGAGAUUGAAUUAGACAGAAAAUAAAUUUUCAAGUGGAAUCCACUGAACUAGAUUUUCCUUGGAGAACCAGAGAAGACAAUUCCCUAAAAGCCAGAUUCCUGGACAGGUGUCCUGUCCGGUGUGGUAGCCAUUCUCCACAGGUAGCUGUCGAGCAGGUGAGAUGUCAUAGUCUGAAUUGAGAUGUACUGUGCUGUAAGUAUAAAAUGCACACUAGAUUUUGAAGGCUGGUUGUGUGUAAUAAAAACAAACUAUCACGUUAGUAAUCUAAACAUAUUGAUGACAUGUCAGAAUGAUAGGAUUUUGGAUAUUUUGGAUUAAAAUAUGUUAUUAAAAUUAAUUUCACCUGUUUCUUUUUAAUUUCUUAAUAUGGCUACCGGAAAAUCUAAAAUUGCAUAUGUGGCUCCCAUUAUAUCUUGAUUGGGCCAUGCAGCACUAGACUCUGGACCUGAGCACAGCUGGUACCAGGGAAGGGUGUCCAUCACUGAUUGGUGGUCUCUCUCUUUUGCUCUCAUUCAACAUAGGGUUUGAGGAGACUUUCUCCUCUUAUUAUGUCUUUUGAGAAACACAUAGGAGAGGAUUAUAGGGGAGAUGGAGUUAGGAGAUUAUUAAGUGCAGACAGGAAGUGGUCCUAAGCUCUCUUGGAUCCCCUCUUGGAUUUCAUGAUAGGAGAAGGGAAGAUAAAUGAAUUAAAGAAUGAGAGUUUGGGGAAGAAUAAAUGUACUGGCUCCCGACCCUUAGAAUUACUCCACAUUCUAAGCCUGGGCACGUACAGUCUGAUCUCUAAUCCAAAGAACUAUCCCGAACAAAUAUGAGAAAUUUUGAGUCAUAGAGCUUUGAGGUAGGUGAUCUUCAUAGUAGAUAGAGUUUUCUCAAGCAGUUUUAUUUCAUGACUCAUUCCUUCUCACCUGUCAGCCCCUGGGGAUGAAUCAUCACGCACUCAGGUUCAUACGGAUUCCAUCAGUGCUGAAGCUAGACAGACAGGGUGGCUGUGUGCUGUGUGCAAAUGGCAGCAUUCUGGUGGGCACGCCGUCCCCACAAGGCAGAGGGAAGCAGCAGCAUGGCUGUGGCUGCCAGCUGGGGGAUGUGAAUUUGGUUCCAUCUUCUGGGUCUUCCCAGUGCUGCUUCAGGGCUGUAACUAGUAAAUUUCUGCAUCCACUCCAAAGUACACCUGUCAAGAGGCUCAGAGGAGCCUUAUGUGUGCAAGAGCCUGAGCUUUCAGGAAGUCCGAAUUAUGAACUUCAAUGUUUGAUAGAAUUUUUUUGCAGAAGGUAGAGUCUAGGACAGUACUAUCCAGUAGAACUUUCUUUGAUGAUAGAAAUGUUUUGCAUCUGUACCAUUCAGUGUGGCAACCACUAGCCACACGUUGCUAUUGAGCACUUGAAAUAAGGCUAAUGUGACUACAGAACUGAAUUUUAAAUUUUAUUUCAUUUUAAUUAACUUAAAUUUAUUUAUUUAUUUAUUUAUUUAUUUAUUCAUUCAUGAGAGAGGGAGAGAGAAGAUGUGUGUAAGUUGGGGAAGGGCAGAGGGAGCGAGAGAAUCUCAAGCAGGCUCUAUACCCAGCGCAGAGCCUGACGUGGGGCUCGACCUCAUGACCCUGAGACUAUGACCUGAACUGAAAUCAAGAGUUGGAUGCUUAACUGACUGAGCCCCCCCCAAAGUGCCCCAUCAGUUAAUUUAGACAUCACAAUUCUAGUAAGUCUCUUGCAUGUGGAGAAAACACAGAAGAAGUAUGUUUAUAAGCCAUUGGAUGGGUCUACAGAUGCUAUGCAUGUGGAAGGGCUCCCACCAGGAAUAAGCAUGGAGGUCCUCUUCCAUUCUCCUGUGGACUUUCUUUGAUAAAAACAAAGCAUGAGGUGAAAAGCAGGCUGUGCAUUUGUUUAUUUCAGACUCUUCCCCAAAAGGUAUCUGAGGUAGCCAAGGGGUUGUGUUCAUUUAAGCAGGGCUACGGUCCUCUAAAGGUUUGCAAGUCAUAGGUGUUAUGCAGGAAUAGACAUGCAUCACAGGAUUUGCCCUGGACUACAGUCAUUCUGACUUUAUGUCAGAAUGUUGUGAAGAAUACAUCCUCUGGUGCUAGAAGUCUAGUUGAUUUUACAGAGAUCAGAAGAGAAGUACCUAGGGUGUGUUGUGGACUGGAAGGGGUGGGGGCACCCGGUUAAGUGCUAAGUGUUGCUACUGAGCUUUAUGGCAUUUGAUAAGCCACUUAACCUCCUGAUCUUCAUUAUAAAUGUUUCCUUAUUUGUAAAAUGGUGAUAAUAAUAUCUACUUCUUAAGGCUCUUGGGAAGAUGAACAAAAUGUGGUUGAGUCUUUGUAAGCUAUAAAAUGCAGAAUUAAUGUUAUCAUUAUUGUGCCUGGCACUGCUUAUGAUGCCACAGAGGUCCCCGAGGGGGCAUCAGACCUUGUUGGGAGCAACCAGGGUAUCUCGAAUUAUCAAACUCUUAAAAACUGGGACGUAAGGAAUGCUAAGAGUUGCAGAUAUAUCUGUGGGAUCUGCAAGUUCUCUGUAAGUAUUUUAAAAUUUUGUGUUUGAAGUGAGACAAACUUUUAAAAAGUCAAACAUAUCUUGGAUAAUGAUGACUUUUGAAAACAAGGUAUUGUUGUUGCCUUCAGUUUCCAUAUUUGUGUUUACAGUUAAGUUGAUUUCAAGACAUGGAAGCUUAACUCAUAAAUGAUCCAUUUACUCCAGGAGGGUGGACUGGUGGGAGAUUUUGCAGUAGUUGAAAUAGUAGGAAAAUGGUGGGAAAGCUGUUUUCAUUCUGUGUGCAGUAUGGAUGCCACCCGCAGAGGGACAUGGGACAGAGCAGGCAGUCCACCUCACUUUGUGAGCGGCAAAACAUCACCCAGUAUAUUAAAUUCAUAGCUAUUUUAAAUUAUUAAAAUUAAUAAUCCAUCAAGAUGCUGCUACGGUUCACAAAACUCAUGUAAGGGCAAACCAGGCAUCAUGAAAUAUUUUCUUUUUCUUUAUUUUCUAUUGCCUA